GUAAAGGUGUUCCAUCCACUUCUAAUCAGGAAAAUGAGAAUGUCAGUGGUUGUGAAGAAGUAUGCUACACUGUCAUUAAUCACAGGCCCUAUCGGAGACCCUCCCUGAACUCCAACGAUGAUGGUUAUGAGAAUGUCGCAAAGAGAGGGAGACCAUUAAGGGAAGGGCCAGAAACAGAAUAUGCCCUUCUCAGGAAACCUUGCACUAUUAGGUCUUCUUCCUGUACAGCUGAGAAUGAUUACGAAAUUGUGCUUCCUCAAUAGAAUACUCCUGCCUCAUCAUCUUCCAGUAAUAAAGAUGACCAAAUGGUGACCUCCAGGGGAGUCUUUCUCUUUCAGCAGUACAGCAACUUUUACUUCUGGCCAGACUUUGUAAAUGAUAUUCUUUCACUGUACCACAUUAAGAAACUGAAAUAUCUCAUCAACGUGGUUUGGGUAAAGCCACAUAAGUUGAUAUAAUGAUAUAGAGUAUUAGACCUCUUUUUCUUUGUAAGGUUUGAGGAUGUGGAAAUUGUAGGGGGGGUCCUCCCUAGAAUAAUGAACAUCUACACAUAUGUGACUUAGAAUAUCCAACUCCAAUUCUACUUUCCAAAUUUCAGAGGCCAGCAUUCACAGUCCUAAUUAUUUAUUUCAAUUUUGAGGUGUAAUCUACUCAAUAAAUUCUUAACAUAAUAAGACCAGUGACCAGAACCUUUGCUAACUGAAUAUUUACUUCAAUUUUGCCUUUUCUGCAUACUGGAGAUUUUGCAUGUAAAUUUGUGGUAGCAGUUUAAGAAUUAACAGGGUUUGAUACUGGCCUUUCUAAGAGGAAAAGCUGAGAGUGCAAUUUAAAAAAAGGAAUGAGGUUUAGUAGCCCAGUGUCUUUCUUUCUGAUAGUCAAUCAGAUAAAUUUGUUCAAAGUUUACUAAAAACUGAAAGCAUACUUGUACUUACAGUUUUGUUCACAAUAUACUAGUUAAUUUAAAUGCUAGUUAUUUUUAAUGAAGAAGGAAAAAUAGUGUCUUGUUUUAAAAAUCAGGCAUUAUUAAACAACCCAUUUAUUUUUACUUUCAUUCUCAAGGAGAGUCUAAACAACUUGCCAACUUCCCACUGAGGACAUAAAGUACAUAACGGAAAAAACAUCAAUAAUUAAUUUUUAUAUAGCUACAAUAUACUGACCUUUUAGGUUACUGGCAAGGAUAAAUCAAUAGAUGUCAGCUAACUUUCUGUUUUGUUUUUCAUAUUUUUUCAUUAAAAUGACAUGUGCUGUAGGAAGGAAUCUCAUUUCUAGUUAUCAGUUUAAUACUAGACUUAAUCUAAAAUAAUGUCUGUUAUUCUUCUAUGCACAUUAAUUUCUAACAAAAGGUAAACUGAGACGCUUCUCUACACUGGAGCUCCUUUACUGUCUCCUCUAUAGAACUACCUGGAAGAGAGUGGGUAGACAGAGAAAAUGGACAAAUUAACAGAAUGUAAUAGCUCGUGUCAAAAUAUAACUUAUGUUAUUUAUUAGGAAUGAUCUCAUAUAAUAGAAGAUACAGAUAAUUACCAUUUAUGGAGCAUUUGCUGGGUUCUAAUUGUGUAACUUAUUGGUUUUAUACAAAUUUUGACUCCCUAUUCUUGGUAAAUUCUUGUGUUCCUUUGAAGUGAUUUCAAUGUGUGGAAGCAGAACUUAACAGAAAUCUUAUAGUUCUGGAAAAGUCACCCUGUCUGAAAUAUGUAGAAAUAUUGUAGAAAUCAGUCAACUUUCAGAAAUGACAAAAGUGUUUUUUAUUGUAGAAAUUAGUCAACUUUGGGAAAUGACAAAAUUGUUUUACCUUGUAGAAAUCAGUCAGUUUUAGGAAAUGACAAAAUUAUUUUUUCUCUGUAUGCUUUUGUAGUUAUUUUUCACAUGUAAUAAAUACUAUAUUCAAGAUAAUGACUUAUUUUAAUAUACUUAAUAAUAUGGAAUUAUAGGAGAAGGGGCAGUCAAUAGGACAAUGAAUAUUACUGUUUAGUAAAAGAAAUAUAGAAAUCUAAAAGCAUAGAUAUGACCUGGUUGUAAAUCAUACCCUAUUUCUUGUGGAGAUUCAGUAUUUGUUUUUUUUUUUUUUUUUUUUAGUAUUUGUUUUUAAUGUAUAAUCUGUCUUUCGUUCAGCAUAAUGAAUGUUUCACCUUGUAGUUGACACUUUUACUAGUAUAUUACUGAAUGAAUAACUCAUAAUUUUUAAUCUAAUUAUUUGCUGAUGGGUAUGUGAGGCAUUUACAGUUUUGACAUUAUAAAUAAAGCUGCUAUACAUCUA